GCAUUCCGCGCCGAGCCGCCAGCACGGAGCGCAACUUUGGAGACGAGGACGCGCCGCCAGCACGCCGGAGAGACGGAGACACCUCUUCGGUCCUCCCGGGGGGAUCACGGACCCGAGCCCAGGCGCAGGGAUGCCUUACAUGCUGAUCAGCACGCAGAUCCGACUGGAAAAUGGCCCAACAAAUGUGGGGGAUGAAUUCUCUGAUCCAGCAGUCAUGAAUUACCUGGGAGCGAGGAAAACAACCAUGCUGGGAAACAAUUUCUCCGAGUACCAUGUGGACGACCCGCCCCGCCUGGUCCUGGACAAGCUGGAGAAGCUGGGCUUCCGCGUGCUGUCGAUGACGGGCGUGGGUCAGACGCUGGUGUGGUGCCUCCACAAGGAAACCGAGUGACGGCGCACAAAACGGACUGCUGGCCGUGUUACAAGACGCGACAAGUUUGAAUGAAUGAAGCCGAAUACCUCCGUCGCCCAUUUAAACAUAUUUUUGAUUCACAUUUCCCUGAUAUACAUUCCACUACAAAUCAGUCGUUUUGUCAAGUUUAAAUAUUCAGAUUAUCCCUCACACGAGGCUUCAGAUUACCACACCACAUUCCUGAGAGAGUAAAAAGAUAUUCCUGGUUUUUAGAAACCCCCUCACCAAUAAUCCUGUAUUUUACUUCUGGUAGCUGGACGUCUCUCUGUAUCAGCAGAUAAACAGUCAGGUCAAUUAAUAUUUUGAGAUUGACGCAGUUGUCAUUAUCUCGACUCUGUCUUAUGGAUUUGUAACAAAACAAUCAAACACGGGGAUUAAGUGCAGAUUUUCAGCUUUAACUGGGACGUAAGCCUGUUACUGUCUUCUCCUCCUGCUUGCUUUCAGACAUGAGUUUGAGUCCUUUAAGAGGUGAUGGACCUGCUGACCUCAUGCAUGUGUUGAAUUUACACCCACGAACGAGUUAAACUGGAGACUAAAACUUCCUCUGUGUGUGUGUGCAUGUGUGUGUGAUAGACUGCCAGCCUGUACGCUGCUUUUACAUACUCAACCUUGAACGCAGUAUAGAAGAAGGAUGCAUGUAAUUCUUACACCCUUCACCUGUUUAUGUGUCAGUACCGUUAUUUUGCUUCAAACAAACGCAUAAUUUCAUUAUACAGAGUCGAAAUGCUGAACACUGUGCCAGUGCCUGAAUAUUUAUGGCCAUGACUGAAUUAAAUACGGUCUGUGACAGUCUCAGCCACAUCUUUUGUCAGUACAAAUCCUGCCAUAAAUUUUUGUACUUUCAUAUUGUGUAGAGAUUUUUUUUUUUUGUGGAGAGUUGAAUGAUGUAAUCUUAUUGUGUCAUUGUCAAUAAAACAAACCAGAUAAAACUGA